UUUUAGUAAUUUCAUUUUCAUUUCAUUUCGUGAGCGAGUCAACGAGACAACCGAAUUCAGUUUUUGGGGCCAAGGAAAAGUAGGUCGACAGUAUUGAUUUUUACUCAAUCUACGACAAACAAAGACGUAACUUCGUCAGUGCGGUAACGAGCAGGGAGUGUGCAUUGGACGAAGAAAAGCCUUCAAAAUGCCCGAUGCAGAGAUGGGCGGGACAGUCGAGAACGUUCGGGUUGUGGUGCGCCUGCGCCCUAUGGAUCAGCGGGAAAAAAUUGACGGCACCUACAAUUGCGUGUCAGUUGAUUCUGUAAACAACACCAUAGCAGUCACACGGAGCAACGUUUCUCCGCCGGAUCCGCCAAGGAUUUACGCCUACGAUGCCGUUUUCGAUAGCAACACGAGUCAGAUGGACAUCUACCUUCAAACAGCAAGUCCGAUUGUGGAGGAAGUACUCAAAGGUUACAAUGGCACGAUAUUUGCCUACGGGCAGACGGGCACGGGCAAGACGUACACAAUGGCGGGGAGUAAUUCCGCCCCAGAGUUGCGGGGCAUUAUUCCGAACUCAUUCGCACAUAUAUUCAGCCAUAUUGCUAAAGCAAAGGAUGAUGAGAAAUUCCUAGUAUGCGUGACAUAUUUGGAGAUUUACAACGAGGAAGUACGUGACCUUCUUGGCAACAACCCGCACCAGAGCUUGGAGGUCAAAGAGCGUCCAGAUAUCGGUGUCUUUGUUAAGGAUCUGACGGGUUACGUAGUCAACAACUCCGAUGAGCUGGAAAAGAUAAUGGCUGUCGGUAAUAAGAACCGACACAUCGGAGCAACAGCUAUGAACAUUGAGAGCUCUCGGUCCCACGCAAUUUUCUCCAUAACAGUGGAGAGCAGUAAGAAGGGCGCAGAUGGAAAGAUGCACGUGAAGAUGGGGAAGCUGCAUCUUGUUGAUUUAGCGGGCUCAGAGCGUCAAAGCAAAACUCAGGCGACUGGCACUCGCCUGAAAGAAGCGACGAAGAUUAACCAAUCACUCUCGGUGCUUGGUAAUGUGAUAUCUGCCCUGGUAGAUGGCAAGUCCACGCAUAUUCCAUAUCGGAACAGCAAACUGACUCGACUCCUACAGGACUCGCUCGGAGGAAACUCGAAGACUGUUAUGAUUGCGACUAUAGGCCCAUCAGACACGAACUACGUGGAGACUAUCAGCACGCUUCGAUACGCAAACAGAGCGAAGAACAUUGAAAAUAAGACGCACGUCAAUAGCGAGCCUGGAGAUGCUUUGCUUACAAAGUUCCAACAAGAAAUCGAUCAGCUGAAGAAACAACUAGAAGAGUCUGUUAUUGAUGUGGAAGGCGAAGGGGAAGAAGAACUCUCGGAAGAUACAGAAGACACCCUCACAGAUCCCGAGCUGGAUGUCCUGGAUCCAGAAGAGAAGAAGAUUAAGAGAAAGAUCAGGAAAGAGGAGAAGGAACAAGCCAAGAGAGAGAUGGCACAUCAAGCCAGAAAAGUGCUGGAGGAGAAGAAAGCAGAACUACAAAAGACCAAGAGACAGCAAGAAGAGUUGAAAGAUAAGUUGCAACGUCUGGAAUCGAAGGUGUUGGUGGGCGGUGAAAAUCUUCUCGACAAAGCUGAUACGCAACGGAAACUUCUAGAACAGGCUUCCAAAGAGCUGGAACAGCGGAAGCUGAUCGAGCUACGUCUGCAAGAAGACCUGCAGAAGAAAGAGGCGGAAAGGUUGGACCUGGAAGAACGAUACUCGACUCUCCAAGAAGAAAAUGCCGCGAAGACCAGAAAACUUAAACGCGCUGUGCAAUUACUUAAUUCAGCAAAGGCUGAAUUAGCUGACCAACAACGUGAGCAGCAGAGGGAGAUGGAGGGAAUCCUGGACGGGAUCAGAGCCCUGAAGAGGGAGUUGCAGCUCGCUGACUUAGUCCUUGACUCUUAUAUACCAAAGGAGUAUCAGGCAUUAAUCGACCAGUACGUACAUUGGAACGAACAACUUGGCGAAUGGCAAGUCAAAUGCGUCGCGUACACGGGAAACAAUAUGGCGCCGCAUCUCACGCACAUUGAGAAGCGUCACGCACACAUCGAGCCCCCUGACCUAUCGGAGCGCUACCUCUCCUAUUCAGCUGUAGCUCGUUCGGGCACUCGUCUGGCGAGACCACUAUCAGCAGUUCCAAGACCCCAUACAGCUCUGAGACAACGGCAUUAGAGCUCUUAAAUUGCACCUAUAGUUACUAAUGUACUGAAUGUAUUAUUAACACAAAAUUUACAAA